AACAAGCAACCAAUGUGAUUAAGAAGGUUGGUCGCCAAGCAGGUGUCAUUGUAUUGGAUAAGUACGGAAAUGUUUCUGCGUCGAAAAAUUGCGAUAUAAUGUUUCGAGGAUACAUUCGUGUAUCUGAUGGAGUACCACAUAUUAACGUUUUGGAUUGA